CCUUCGACGUCAUACCCGCACAAUACGCAGAGUAGUUCAAGCUAGAAUCUUGAUUUAGAAAGUUGAUUACAGUUAUCAUGUGAAGCAAAGGGCAAGAAAUGUAUGAAGUGAACUAACGACGAAUGACGCAGUGAGUCACGAGACACGAUUUUAAUGAGAUAUUUGAUGUGUCUAUCAGUUACACGGGAGUCGCUUGCUAAACUGACGACGUGAUGGCUGCUAACUUCCUGAUACGCUUCGUCGUUGUUACCACCGUCUGUGCGUUGCUUUACGGCGGAGACGUCGAGAGCGCUGGGGGUGGACACAAAGAAGGUGGCGCCGGGGCCGCACACUCGUACCCCGAACUUACAAAACUUCUCAAGGGAGCGUCCCUCACUUUUAGAGGAAAGGUGGUUAAUUUAAACAGGCUUGAUAGUACUACAGCGAACGAUCUGCUGAAGAACUAUUUCUCAGAAGAUGGAUUGGAGGCCGGACUGGAACGAAUCGUUAGAUUGGCAGCUGUCAAUCACCAGAUAGCGAUACAGAAAGGACUGGAGGUGGAUAGUUUUGAAAUUGACGAGCUGGCGUCAGAUGAAAACAUAAGAAUUCUAGAAGACAUGGAUGAACUCGAGAGUACCGUCAAUGACAACAAAGAGUCAAAUGACGGAGAAACCCAUCGAGAUAAACGAAGCGUUUCCAUAGGAACGGAUCAUAACAAAUGGCCGAACACCACCAUAGCCGUGGUGAUACCCGACGUAUACAGUAAGUUGUUUUAAAAUUAUUUUUUAAGCACGUUAUUCUGGGCCCACAUUUCAGCUAAAUGGGCUGUCUGUCCACAACAGAGAGAAAAGAAUGUAUGAGGUGUGCACUAACUCUGGGUUGAAAUACAAACACAGACUAAAACAAAACCCGUUAAAUUUAUAUUAUAUACUAA